AUGACCAACUACUUCGACGCGGCCGUGCGCCUCGGCGUGUGGCGCGAGUACUUCUCCGUCACGCCCGCCGCCGAGCACGACAGCGGCUUCCGGCGCGUAUUCGCGGACAACCACUACCUGUCGUGGCUCUACGCGCGCUGCGAGGCCACGGCGAUGACCGUCGACGUCGAAGACGGAAACUGGAUGCGCGCCUCCGGCUUUCAGCGAUCGCCGUCCCGGUACAUGUGGCGGCAGAACCACGGCCGCACGACGCAGCACGCGGCGGCGCUCGAGCGGGCCCACGAGCCCGUGGCGCGCGGGGGCCUCGCGCGCGCCGUCGCCGACGCCGCCGUCCGCGGCCGCUGCGCCGCGGUCCUCGCCGGCGCGGCGGCCGCGGCGCCGGCGACGCUCGUCGACGUCUUCGCGCCCGAGAUCCUCCGCGCGGAGCGCACCGUGGAGCUGCUGCGGACCUGGUUCUACCACGGCCGCUACGUCCUCGAAGGCCUCGACGCGUACCUCGACGACUCGGAGCGGCGGUCCAAGGAGGCGGCGGACCGGGAGCUCAAGGCGCGGCUCUUCCCGGGCCAGCACGCCGCGGGCCAGGCGGCGCUCGCGCGCCUCGCGCGGCUCCGGCGCGACCGGCCCGACCUCGACCUCGCGGGCGACGAGCGGCGGACGCGCGCGCUCGCGCGCCUCUACGUCAAGCGGCGCCUGCGCGCCGCGGCGGACCGGAGGUACGCGUUCCGGCCGCUGGCGGAGAGCGACGUCUGCGAGGGCUUCGUCGACGCCGUGGGGGCGUUCGUCGAGGAGGAGGGGUAA